CAGAUGGGAAGACACAGAGGAUUUGAUGAGUACCUAAGAAAAGCUGCAGAUAAGGAAAAGAAAAAGAUAAAAGAAUCAGUAUUGGAGGUCUUUAGGGCUAGAUCCAAGUCUCCUGGAGGAAAUGGUGCAUUUCUUGUUGCUGGGAUACAUGGUGAAAGUGACGAGGGAAAGACAAAUACAGCAGAAGAUAGAAGUGCCACAGAGGACAUCAUGAGUCCAACAGAAAGAAAAUCAAGGGGGAGGAAAAGAAAAAAUAACAAAUCAAAAGAAGAUAGGAAAAGGCAUAAGUCAGAAGAAAAAUUUGAUCAAGUACAAGCACACUCUGACUCAAACCUCAGGCAUGCUCUGAGAUCUGCACGAGAACAAGAACUGCAUGCUAAAAAUGCCAUCUCAAGAAUUGCCAGAAACCGAAUGACAAAACGACUUGGACUUUUUAAUCAAGGCAAAAAGUCAGAAACAGUUUCAAGAGAUUUUUAUAUUUUAAAUGGAAAACGAAGAACUGCAGAAGAGGAUUUAGAGGAAUUUCUCCAUAAUAGUUCGAUAGACAGAUACAGUGACCAAGAAAGGCAUAAUGACAAAAUAUCAAGCAAUAAAACAAAUGGAAAGGAAAAAUUGACUGUGAAUUCAGCAGACUUGAGUAGACCUGAGACAGGAUACAGGAGCAGCUCAACUUCUCACACCACUACCCCCGCCUCCAUUCAAAGGAUGUCUGCUCCUCACAGUAUUUUGAGCCUUGCCAGUAGUUGUGGAUCAACAUUAAGAGAAGGCAAUGUCCAGUUAUCAUCUAUUGAGGAUAUUGUGGAUAAAGUUCUCUCUCGGCUUAAACCACAAAAACUCUUCCCAGAAAGAGAUUUUGUUCAAGAAACCACAGAUGAGCUUAGAAGUAUAAUGAGAAGAAAUGCACUACGGUCUUCUACCCCUACUCCAUCCCUGCAAAGAAAUUCAUCUAUAAAGAGAUCUCUAUUAAACAGAUAUCUGACUCCAAGGAAAGAUGAGAAUAAGGAAAAUAGAGAACUGAAAAAAGAUGCAGUGUCUCCCACUGUAGUAAAUUCAAAACCAAAGUCGAAAGAGGUGAACCAACCAAAGCAAUAUGUAAAGAUACCAAUCACCCCUAAAGAAGUGUACAGGUCCAAUUUACAUAAAACCAGUAGUCUACCAGAUCCACCUGGAGUACAGGAGAAGCAUGAACCUUUCUUCCAUGAUCUCUCAGACAUUCAAAGUGAUGCACAAACUCUUUUGGAAUGCCAUGACCAGAUGAUGGCAGAAGCCAAUAAAUAUAUGAUAAAAGUGACAGCAAAGAGAGAAGAAAUUUUCCUGGAGGAUUUGUGCAAUGCAGAUGGUCUUGACAUCCUCAGGAAACAGGACGAGCAUGCCAGGAAGCUACAGGAGCAGGAAUGGAGGAGGAGUAAGGACGAGGACAGCUGGAGGAGCCUGUUUACAGAGCAUAAUGAGGUCCGGUCCUCAUCACAGACCUCCUCAAUGUCCUCAGGUUACCAGGGCAGUCAGAUACUCAGGGAUACAGGAAACUGCAGGACUGAAACAGUACCAGCAUAUGCAGCAACAAUCCAGUACCCAGAGUUUAUGCCUCAGUUUCAUGACAAAGACUACUAUAGUGGAAACCACACAAGUGGAAUGUCCAGUAAAAUUAAAUCACUGGAUAUCCUGGAAAUCCUUGACAACAAUGAAGUAAAACCCCAACGCGGUCCUUCAAGUCAGGACACAUAUCUGUAUACUUCAAAUACGUUAUCUAGCAGAGACAUUAUUGACAACCUUAUCCCAGAUAUAGAGGUCCCCAGCAGGACCCAUGCCAUGAACAGGGAUAGUAUUAGUGAGCAAAGAUCCCCCCACAGAGCCUCGCAAGAGGAGUAUCAUUUCUGUUUGAAGAAACCCAGCUUAGACACACCCAGUCCUCCUGAGGAGUUGUUCAAAAAGCACUCACUCAUUCCUUAAAGCAAUCAAAAAUAUUUCUAGGUGAAAAUUUAUUUAAAAAAAAAGGAUCAACAUCAAUAUACUCCUGUUUCAAGGAACUGAUUUACCAUAGAUGGAGAGGAGUAUGAUAUAAACAGAACUGAUUUGGUAAAAUGAUUUUGUAAUCUGGUGUAAUGACUUUCCAUUCAAGCUUUUUAUUUUGUGCAUGUAAUUUCAAUGCACAUGUAAUUUAAACAUAUACAUGUAUAUCUGUGAAGGACAAACCUGUGAUAACUAUAUUUGUUCCUGUUGAUUUAGUUGUCAUUUUGUGUACUUUGUUAAUUUAUUUAUUCCAGCAACAAGUUCUGUUGAAUAAAA